UGGUGGUGGUGGUGGUGGUAGGAGGGGUGGUGGGGUGGCUCGCCGUCACGUUUGUAAUGGAGGUAUCAACCGGUGCACCUAAGAAGGUGAUGGUCGUUGCCGACCCUACACGUGAAUCGGCGGGUGCACUACAAUGGGCUCUUUCUCAUGCAGUGCUUGAGCACGAUGAGCUCUUUCUAUUACAUGUAGAUCAACCCCUUUCAUGGCGCAGCACAUUAUCUACCUUUCUUAGAAGACCCUCUUCCCCGGUUUUCGCGGCCACAAACUCUUCCAUAGAAGGCCAUGGUGGUGAUGGAGAUCAUUUAGAUUUUCUUGAUCUAAUGAAGAGUGCUUGUGAGGCUGCUCAGCCUAAGGUGAGGGUGCAUAUAGAGAGGGUGGAAAUGGAUGGAAAGGAUAAGGCCUCAGCUAUUCUAUUGAAGAGUAGGAUGCUUUCAAUUGAAGUCCUUGUUAUAGGCCAGCGUCGUAGUCUCUCCAAUGCUUUAUUAGGACUUAAGAUGAAUGGAGGGUCUGCAAAAGGGACAAGAGGGGUAGAUACAGCAGAGUAUUUGAUUGAGAACAGUAAGUGCACAUGUGUUGGUGUUCAGAAGAAGGGCCAAAAUGCAGGCUAUCUUCUCAACACCAAAAAACAAAGAAAUUUCUGGCUUCUUGCAUAGAGUGUACAAAUGCUAAAUUCCAUUGAGCUCUCUGUAACAUUGGGUUUCCACCAUGGUCUGGGUUCAGACCACAGGUUCUCAGUUCACCCCAAUUUUGUUCCGCGCCGGAGUUAGCAGAGGCGAAUAGCUUAAUUUGGUUAUGUCAUUUGCAAAAUCAGAAAGCUAUAGUUGCCAUGUAGUGAAUGAACCUGAUUACUAUCUUGUAUUUCCACCCAUCAGAAAAAGCUAACUGCAGUGUACUUUCAGUC